AUGCCUCUGAAAGCCUUCAGACGCAAGAAGCUGCUCGAGUUCAACGCUGACAAGCUGGUCUGGUCAAUCGACAAGGAGGAGGCAGAUAUCUACCACAAAAUACGGGCUAACGUCGCCGGAGGUCCAUCGAUCAUCUUUAACAGAUACGCGAAGCGCAAUGAGACGAAGAUCCGCGGCGGCAAGCUCUGUAAGAAGGUUAUUGACGUCGAAAACAGUAGAUGA